CUUCAGUCCUCUCAAGGCUCAACCUCUCUGCAUUCGACGCGACGAACCCUCUUCAAAAAAAAUCAACCAAUCACAAACAUCGAAAAUCCAAAAAAAAAAAGAAAGAAAACAGAAAAAAAGGCAAAGCAACAAAACUCCGAAUCUUAUUCACUACGCGUUCUCUCCUCCUCAGUCCUUUCCCUCUCCCAAGCUGCGAAACCCUAGCUCCCAUUUCUCCCUCCCUCUCUUCAUCUCCUCCACCUGAACAAUUUGCCCUCGAUUGCCAUAGCUAUAGAUAUAUAUAUAUAUGGACGAUGGCGGGGGGAAAGGGGAUGUGGAUCCAGCAGUAACUACUGAGUCCAGCUGCUGGAGGUCGGUACUGGGUGAUGCCACCGACUCUAUGGUCGAUAACGUUUACUUCUUCGGCACCGCCACGACCAGUAUUAAUGAUGACAGAGACACCUCCAUACUCUCGGAGUUCGGCUGGAAUCUUCCUCCUCCUCCUCCUCACUCAGGUACCUCUGCUGGUCUUCUUCACAGUGGUUUCGAUCGAAUAAUCACCGACUCGGAUUUGGCGGGAAAUGAUACCCAUACCACUUUGUUUGCUCGUGAAAAUGAAAAUACCAGUGCUGCUGAUGAUGCUGCUACUCCUGCCACUGCUGCUGCUUCUGCUUCGGUUGAUGUGGAAGCUGCUGAACCGCAACCCAUGACCAUGUCAUCCAGUUCGUCUGAUGAUCUGCCGGAGAAGUCCACUGCCUCCGGUGGCUCCUCGGCUGACAAGCAGCCGUCGGAUACAGCAAGCAAGGCUAAGAAAAAGGGCCAAAAGAGAAUCAGGCAGCCCCGUUUUGCAUUCAUGACUAAAAGUGAAGUUGAUCACCUGGAAGAUGGCUAUAGAUGGCGCAAAUAUGGACAAAAAGCUGUUAAAAAUAGUCCAUAUCCAAGGAGCUACUACCGUUGUACUAACAGCAAAUGCACCGUAAAGAAAAGAGUUGAACGCUCCUCUGAAGAUCCCACGAUCGUUAUCACUACGUAUGAAGGACAACACUGUCACCAUACUGUUGGAUUCCCAAGAGGUGGUCUCAUCAGCCAUGAAGUACCAUUUGGCAGCCAAUUGACACCUUCGAACUCUCAAUUUUAUUAUCCGGGAGUCCAAUUUCCUCAAGGUUCCGUUGGAAUCCGAGAAUCAUUCAACGUCUCGUGUGAAGGUGGACAUUCUCAUGCACCAUCAGAUCCAAGUGGACGUAUAUUCACGGAUGAAGGGUUACUUGGGGAUAUGGUGCCUCCUGGAAUGCGAAAGUCCUAAAAUCAAGACCAUGUGAUAGUACUGUACAGGGCAAGCCAUGCAUGAUUCAUGCGAGUAGAUGAUGAUGGUAUAAGGCAGAUUACUCCAUUUUAACUGUGAUCAGGUGUUAUUUAACGGAGUACAAAUGCUUGCUGUUUUUUCAUC